GAAAAAGGAGCUUUCAAAGAAUCCCCUAGUGUUGUGAUUUUUCUACUCGCCAAAUUUCUCGUGAUUACUCUUCUCCCUGGCCUUUAUUAGUCAUCCCUGUGCUAUCAUGUAACUUCCACAAGUGUAGUGAUCAUCCUAAGACAUUCGCUCUAGUCAUUCCGAGUCGCGAGAGCGCGGAAAAAGGGACUGAAGUUCAAGGCAGCUUUGUUGCUUUGUUGAAGACAUUAUGGCCCUCAAUCCCGCCUUCCUCAAGACCACUGCCCUCCAGCAGCUCCUGGACGAGAUCAACUUCCAGCGAACAAAGGAGAUGCGCCAGCUCCUCAAGGAUGACAGUGGCUUUGUCGUUCUCCAGGGCACCACCUACUGGACAGAUCUCUUUGUCCGGCACUUUCUCUUCCAGGCGGAGCCGGAGCACAGCAUCGAUUCCGAUGACUUGCUCUUCUUCGUCCGGAAGAAGCAUGUGAAGGGAUCGUCGCGCCAUAUGCCCAAGUUUGAGACUGACGUGGAUGUGUUCCGCAAGGACUCGAGAAAGCUGCCCAUUGGCGAUCCUGACGUGGACUGGGAAGAGACGGUGUACUUGAAUCUGGUGAUUCAUCAGUUUGACUACAAGCUCACCUUGGCCAUCUGCACGAGAACAUCUCCCAAGGAGCUGCAGGUUCUCCGGAGGCACACUCAGCGUGUCUACGCGUCGCCCAGUCGCCGGAAAAUGGACACAAAGGGCGAGGGUGAGGAGAUGACCUAUCCUCAUAUCUGCUUCAUGGUAGAUAACUUCGAUGAGGUGUUCAGUGACAUCCUGGUGCGCGAUGGGGAGAUGGUGUGCGUGGAACUGGUGGCCAGUGACCGAGAUGGAUCUGUUCAGGGAGUCAUUUUCUUGGGAUCCAUUCGCUAUGACGCCUUGAAGAAGGUCUACGACGCCAGACAAUCCAGCUUGAGCUCCAAGGUGGCACAACGAAUGAUGUUCGGGUUGUUCAGCUCUGGAGGCCCUCAAACUCGCUGUGAAUUCGUCCGCAUGAAGGGUCCUCAGGGCAAAGGACACGCCGAGAUGGCUGUGACGAAGCCCAAAGGAUCAGGCGUCGAAACUCCCACCAGUGAGCCUGGAUUCUGUGCCACCGACAUGUGGGACACGGACUGGGAUGACGAGAAUGACGAUUUCUGCAACUAUCGCCAUCAGCGGCGUCUCAGCGAUCCCAGUGCGAAUCUCAACCACUUUGCGCGGUUCGCGUGGAAGACAAAGAGUGGCCAAGAAGGCACGGCCGGCAGCAAGGCGAGAUCUGAGAAUGAGGGAUUGGAUUCUCUGGCCAGUGAGAUAUCUGAAAUUGAGGCUGGCGACCUUAGAGAUGAUCGUCCUGCUUCCUCUGCGUCGGACACAAAAUUGGCGACUGCCGCGUGCUGUACGUGUUGCUUUGGCACCAAGAAGCGCUGGAGUGACUCGGCAUCGGCACAGAUGUCCGAAGUCUACUGUCGCACGUGUGACGAGGCCAAUUCCCCGGCGUGCCUGGCGAAUGUCACGCCCAAGCGGACUCGUCCUAAGCACCGGAAUUUGCUGACGGUGGAGAGUGAGAUUGAGCUGCCGGGGGCGGAGAAGAAGAAGCCGAGUGGCAAGGAGAAGAAGAAGGCGCCAAAGACGCCUGAGACGCCGCGGAAGGAGGCCAAGAAGCCGACGGAGUCGCCGAAAGUGGGCAGGAAGGGCGGCAAGAGGGACAGCAACAUGGAGGAGUACGAACUUGCGGACGAUGCGACAUCGCUGAAUGGCGACAUGGGGGAUGACAUCGUGAAGAUUGGUGUUCUCAGUGACCUGGAUCCGCGGAUGAUUGUCCGUGUGCAUGGGAAGGAGGAGCUUCCGGUGGUGGAGCAGAGACAAAGUGGUGCCAAAUCGCAGAAACUGAAGAAGCAAUCUAUUGAUCCGGCCAGGGAUCCGCAUCCACUCAGUGUUGAGGUGGAAUAUCAUGGCAAUGGGGCCAAGAAGAAGAGUGAGGCUGUGGCAGGGGAGAAGGACGCAAAUCGCAAUUCAAAGACUGACGUGGUUCUGCAGAAGGACGAUUGGAAUGGGAACUUGAAGGAUUUCCCUCGCAAGAGGCUCUACUACACCUUCCCGAAGAGGAAGCGCAGCACCAUUCACCACAGCAUGUGGUACAACAGACCCAUAUCGCUGAAGAAGGUGCCGCAGAGAACGACUCCCGACGGCACUAACAUCUACUAUUGGUGUGACAUGCCCAAGAAAUCCACAAAAGAAUUGGACGACGGAGCUUAUAAUCCGCUUUGGGCCACCAGAGGAUUCACGCAGACGUUCCACUUCUGGAAGGAGAAUCGCCGCCAACAGUCAACGCCACUGAACGCUUUCCUCACAUAUGUUACUCUUCCAUGGUGGAGCAUUGCGAAAGACUUAUUGGACCACCGUGAAGCGCCAAUAUUGACGUUUUAGCAGUUUUCUUCGCUGCCGAAAAGACACUUUUUGCACUCAUUCCUCAAAUUCUCGAUAUAUUGCGUACUUUAGAAUGAUAAUUAUUCCGUUGUCACAUUAAUUUAGUUUAUUUUUCUGUGAUAGCAGAAGAGUAUGAGAAAAAGUCCUCAGUUUUUGUGAUAAUAUGAUUUUUGACUUGGUUUUCGUUUUUUUUGUAAUUAAAUUUCGUUGCGUUGUGUUGCAGUUGAUUUGUUUUGAGUGAUAUCAAACUGGAAGAGAUACAGAUAUUUAUAUAUGUAUAUUCCUUAUGAUAACUAUACUUGGGCGUGUAAGAGCCUUCAAUGAAUUUUACUAAAUAUGAGAAUAAAGUGAGUAUUCCUCGA